CUCUGGCCCUGCCCCCUCGGUCGCGGUGCCUGCUGGGACGUCAGUUACAGGCCGUGUGCUGUGAGGGGACCUACGGCCGGAGCUGAGGCCCGAGCGCCGGGAUAGGGGAACUACGAGGUUCCUGCGUAACUGACAAAAUGGAGGAGCAGUGUCAGGCCAUGCAGGGACCACCUGUCUCCCAAUAUCAGACACAGAAGACGCUGCGGCCAGACAUGGGUUAUAACACAUUGGCUAAUUUCCAGAUCGAGAAGAAAAUCGGAAGGGGCCAAUUUAGUGAGGUCUACAGGGCCACAUGCCUCCUUGAUCGUGUACCGGUGGCCUUAAAGAAGGUCCAGAUUUUUGAUUUGAUGGAUGCAAAAGCAAGAGCAGACUGUAUCAAAGAGAUUGACCUCCUUAAGCAACUGAACCAUCCUAACGUAAUUAAAUACUAUGCCUCAUUCAUUGAGGAUAACGAGCUGAACAUCGUAUUGGAAUUAGCAGAUGCUGGGGACCUGUCUCGGAUGAUAAAGCAUUUUAAGAAGCAGAAGCGGCUGAUCCCUGAGAGGACGGUUUGGAAAUACUUUGUGCAACUGUGCAGUGCCCUGGAACACAUGCAUUCCCGCCGUGUCAUGCACAGAGAUAUUAAACCAGCCAACGUGUUUAUAACAGCCACUGGUGUGGUGAAACUGGGGGAUUUAGGCCUGGGUCGUUUCUUCAGUUCUAAAACCACAGCUGCGCAUUCUUUAGUGGGUACCCCUUAUUAUAUGUCACCUGAGCGGAUACACGAGAAUGGAUAUAACUUCAAAUCAGAUAUUUGGUCGUUAGGAUGUCUGCUUUACGAGAUGGCUGCUCUCCAGAGUCCGUUCUACGGAGACAAGAUGAACCUCUACUCUCUGUGUAAGAAGAUAGAGCAGUGUGACUACCCCCCACUGCCCUCUGACCACUACUCUGAAGAGCUGAGGAUGUUGGUGAACACCUGCAUCAACCCUGACCCAGAGAAGAGGCCAGAUGUUACAUAUGUGUACGAGGUGGCGAAGCGAAUGCAUGCACUGACCGCCAGCAGCUAGAAUACAACAAGGAUUAUCCCCCCUCGUCCACACUCUUUCAAGUAUUUUUUUAGUCACUAUGCCCAUUAGAGGAGUUCCAGUCAUCCCUCUCCUGCAGCCUUAUGGAUGGUUAGACCCGGUCCUCUGACACUGGUGGGGUCUCAUUUAAGAUUAUUCUACACAUUAUAGAAAUAAGCGGCAGGGUACAGCUGUCUGACUUGGGGUUGGCUUUAUUGAGCAGACCCUUAAGGACAGAGUUGUAAUGUAGCAGAAUUAAUCCAUAACGUUCAUCUCUAUGACCUUGUAGUGGUACAUUUAGCGAGCUAUGGGAUACUGUCAUGGUUCUCAGAUCACAGUAUCUACUCCAUAAAGUCAAGCACAGCAGGACAGAUGUAACACAUUACCUUAUAAUGCCUUGUAGGAGGGGCCUCUAAUUACAUAUAAGUGUAGUGAGAAGCACAACAUCACUACACCAGUACGGGCAAUUAGUAGCGAAAAACACAACCGAACUUUCUUGUUGCCUACUAAUUUGUCCGUGGCAGUAAAUGAGUUAAAAUGCUUUCUAUCUAUAGACUCUUAAGAUCGGGAAUAAUCUGUCAUUUGAGAUUUUCCAUUUUUCUUCUAUGCAUCAGAUAAAUAUAUUUUGUAUCUUCCAAUACAACCACAAGCCUUUAAUUCUGAUACCAAAGAUUUCCUUCAUGUUCAUAGUGCGAAUGUUGUAUCUGCAGAGCCCCUUACACAAUGCUAAAUAUAUACACAGUAUAUUUUUUUUAAGGUGAAAUACUAAAUAGGACCAAAAUCAUAUUACUAUAAAUUAAUCAAAUGGUAUUAUAUUGAGGGUUUAAAUAAUGCGUAUUUGCCUGGUAAACACAAUGACGUGAGCUACAAGGCAAUACAGAUCUGUCCAGCUUCAACUCAUAUAGCAGAACAAAUCGAGCUCAUUUUAAAAAAUCCUAUGUUUCAUGCUAAAGCCGGCAGCAGAAAUAACCCCCGACUCUCCCGGCUUGUGGUGUUCACCUUACUGAAAUAAAUGAAAACUAUAUGACAUUAAUUUGCUAUAUUCUAAAUUAGUCUAUUUUAUGCAAUCAAUAAAAAUGUUUUUAUAACGUGUAAAUGAGUCAUAAAAAAAAAAUAAAACUUGUUUUUCAACAUUGUAGAAAAAGUGUUAUGAUAUUUACAAAUAUCAGAGAAAACCAAAGAUAACCAUGUUUUAAGUUGGCUUUUAUUUGCACUGGUGCAUUUAGGUGGUUAUUAACCCAUUUGAUGCCAGUGUGCCUUAGCCUUGUUACAUGUAUUUCCUGUUUAUUAAUGAGUUGGAGAUACCGUGUCUCAUGCAGUUUUAAUGUAAGUGUAGAAAUAUCUGAUAAAAUGCGACUUAGUGUAACAGGACAGUCGUUCAUUUUUUGUUCUAAUAUUCUGUCAUGUUCGCACGCACAGACCCUUCCUGACGCACAGGCAAUAAAUCCUAGCAUGUGCUAAAAAUGCACUUGUCAAUGUUUCCCUUACAUUAUCAUGCCUGUUGCUGUAAUUCAGACCUUCAUAUCACACAAUGUAUCUGAUUGUUUUGGUGUGUGUGAGAAUUUGCCUUUUUACUAUCCUAAAUGAGACUGUUAAGGGUGCCCAAGUGAAGGAUGCCGCUGUUCCCUGCACUUGUUUAGACUGAAUCGCCCACACUAAAUACCUCCCCUGUACAAUGAAUGUCCCCUAUGGUUAUAUAUAUAUAUAUAUAUAUGUGUGUGUUUACAUACAUAUUUUAUUUUGUUAUAUUUUAUUUUUUUCCUUUUGUUUAAAGUCAAACUGUAAUCUCCUUUCCAGCGUGUUAUCUGUUAUAUAUAAUGUUACAGAGCCUUAAAGGAUAAGAAGAAACCCAUUUUGCUGUACAAUCUUAUAUUGUAUAAAAUAAAAUAUACAUUUCUAAGAAUA